UCUUAACCGUUUUGAGGGCAAAACUGCCACUUUCAAAAGUGGAGGAGCCACUUAAAGUGCGAAUUUUUAUACGGAGUACUUGAGAUUUGCGAAGUGCCAAUUAAAGAACGAAGAGUUUACAAAGAUUUUCCCCUGAAAUUCAGAAGCCGAUUCUUCAUUCUUCAAGUCGAUCAAUUGUUCAAUUUGAAAGGAUUUAAAAAUGCAGGAUAUUUUAAAAAGCUGGGUGCUGGGGAGAUUUGAUGCAUUGCAUUGCUGGGCUUGAAUGCUUAAGUGAAUUCUGUAGCAGUUUAAAGAAAAUGGAGAGAUCAACGAAAGAUGAUAUGAUCCUUAGUUACAGUGAUGUGGUUCUUCGACGCUCCGACUUGGACAUCCUUAGCGGACCUCAUUUCCUCAAUGACCGUAUUAUUGAGUUCUACUUGAGUUAUAUAUCCUCGUGCUAUCCCUCUGAUAACAUCUUACUAGUUCCACCUUCAAUUGCUUUCUGGUUGCAGAACUGUUCAGAUGAAGAAAGUUAUAAAGCUUUCGUUGAACCUCUGAAUCUAGCUGCUAAAGACCUGGUCAUAUUUCCGGUUAACAACAAUGACGAUGUAACCAAAGCUGAGGCUGGUAGUCAUUGGAGUUUACUUGUAUUUUAUAGGACUUCUAACAUGUUCGUUCAUCAUGAUAGCUGUAGGGGAUUAAACCUUGCAUGUUCCCAAAAGCUCUAUACAUCCGUGGUUAAGUUUGUGGGCAACUUAGACUCAGAUGUCAAGUUUAUGGAGGAUCAUUCCUCGCCGCAACAACAAAAUGGUUAUGACUGUGGAUUGUUUGUAAUUGUCAUUGCAACAGUUAUAUGCAGUUGGUACACAAGUAGCGACUGUGUAGAUGGGGAACAUAUUUGGUUUUCUUGUGUCAAGGAACAGGUCACACCAACCACUGUUUCAAAAAUGCGGAACCAGAUUUUAAGUUUAAUUAAAGGACUCAUGUUUGUCAAAUGAGAACAUUUUGAUGUCAUGGUUAUUGAUUAAUGGUAAGAGUAUUGCAAGGAUUAA